UGCUUGUGCUGCAUUUAACCACCACCAGAGAAAAUGUAGAGAUUUUGUUCCUUCAAAUGACCAACUCAAAGCUUUGAAACAGCACUUUGUUACACCUUGUUUUCAGCAGGCAUAUCCUCUGUCUAAAGUGAUGCAUUGGUGCUGCAUCUGCAAAGUUCAAAGGAAGUCAUCUUGAUGUGGUAGCGCUUCAGACACACUUUAGGUAGCCAUAUUCAAGUUAGCCAUUUCCUCUGACUGACUGCGCACAUAAACAUGCAGAUCUUUCACCCGACCGUUGCGUUUCUUAUUAUGUUUGUUCUCUGCAGUCAGCCAACUUCAGCAGUGAUAGUGAGAUACCCGCGUGAACCGGUAACACAGACUGAAGGUCUUUCGUUGUCUCUGAAGUGCACGGUGGAGUAUAGAAAAAAGGAUUGCGACAUUGAGGCCAAAUGGUGGUAUACAAACAGCUAUGAGCUUUUGCCCAUCAUGGAUCCGAACACAUAUCUAAUCACAGUAAAUGAAACAGAAUUAGAAACAAAGAAGCUCAGGCUGAGGAACAUUUUCCUGACAAUCAGUUCCUUGAAACUUCAAGACAGUGGCCUCUACCAAUGUGAUGCCAAAUGUCUCGACAGUGGGACUCAAGCAAAAGGCCAUCUUGUGGCUGUCAACAUCACAGCUGAUCCAUACAAAGGUCUGAAGGUCUCAACAUGGAGCGGCCAGUUAAAGGCAGAUGCAGCUGCGCUAGCAUUUAGCACCAUAUUAUUAUUAUUAAGGUGUUAUUAAAUGACGUUGUGUUUUCAGUAUGGAGCAACACAAGGUAUCAACAUAUGAAAUUCACUGUUAUUGCUAAUGUGACCAACUGUUACAAUUGUAUUGUAUUCUAGACUUGGUCUUGGUUUAAGUUCUUACAAUGUGACAGUUUAUGUACCUAAAAAGUUGUUAUAGAGUUGGUUACCUGAUGAUUCUUUUUUCUUAAUCAUUGCCAUAAAUUGCUACACUGCUGUACAAAACUGAGUUUUAUUAGACUUUUACUUUAUUUUGUGAAGGGGAUAAUGCAUUGCACAGCCUGUAUGCUAAAUGACCUGUUGUGUUACAUUAAUUUGAACUGCAAUACAACAUUUCAGUGCAGUGGUCCAGGCUUGUGGCUGAAAAUGAAACCAAGCUCAUCUUGCCAAACAAUAGAUGAGCCUCUACAGGUGUAAUAAUGCUUUUACUGGCGAAAUGUGGUGAACAAGUCAUACUCUUAGGCAGAAACAAAGUCAUGAACACAGUGAAAGCACAAGCAGUGUAACGCAUUUUUUGCAUUUGACAAUAGACAUGAUACAAUUCUCUUUGUCACAGAGAAUAACUAUAUCAUACACAGAUAAUAUUCAUACUGUUAUUUAAAAUUUUCAGACUUAAUCGAAUGUAAAGCCAUGCAAAAUUCAGAAUUAGGAGAUUAACGCAGAAUUGUGAGGUAAUUUAAAUAAAAUCAGAAUUGUGUUUAAAAAGUCCUAGUUACUGUUUUUAUUUUGUGGUGAAAAAAUAACUUUCAGAAAAAAAUAAUAAAAAUCAACUGCGAUAUGUAAACUAAUAUUAUAGAGAGCAAAAAGUCAGAUUUGUCAUGCUAUAGACUCAGAAUUGCGAGAAAGUCAGAAUUCUAUCAGAAAAGGUCAGAAUAUCUCACAAUUGUGACGUAUUGCAACAACAACAAAAAAAAGAUAAAAAUAAUUGAAAAAUUGAAAAAGGGAUGCUUUGUCUGAUCUAGCUGAAAAUAAUGCAUUUAAAGCUAUAAGCACGUUAGCAGUAAAAGUUGAUGGAUGAUUCCUGUACAAGGUCUAAAUCUUGUAAGUGCUUAUGCAGCAUUUAACACAACUUGCGUAUCAAACCACCACCAGUGAAAACCGAAUACAAGUUCAUUUUGAGAUUUUGUUCCCUCAAAUGACCAACUUGAAAAUUUAAAACAGCACUUCGCUGACAUGUGAUCUGUGUUCUUCAUAAUGGUUGUUUUCACCAGUCAGCUGAUUUCUCAAGCAACUAAGAAUAUUUAUAUAA